CCAGGAUUCAGUAGGAUGGAGCUACAGCACUUAUAGCGGUGUCAAGCUGUUAUUUCUAAAAUGUAAAUGCUCCCAAAGAUACGCUGGUGGCACGAUGAGCAGCAACUCCUGACGGCAAGUAGUUCAUACUGAGAAGAAAGAGCAAUAGAAAAGAAAGGGGAAGAGAAGGAAUAAAACAUGACAGGGACAAAGAGAAAAAAGAAAAAUGCCAUCUGGAGAAAGAUCCAUACCCUUCGCUACGAAGAUGUCAAGCUGUGGUGUGUAAGAAGACUGCCUGUCUUGGAGUGGGCACCAAAUUACAACUGGAGAGCAGACCUGCUUCCUGAUACAGUUUCUGGGAUGAUGCUGGCUGUUCAACAGGUGACGCAAGGGCUUGCCUUUGCUGUUCUGUCUUCAGUGCAUCCUGUGUUUGGUUUAUACGGAUCUCUCUUCCCUGCUGUUAUUUACGCCAUAUUUGGAAUGGGUCGGCAUGUUGCCACAGGAACCUUUGCUUUGACUUCCUUGAUAUCUGCCAAUGCUGUCGAGCGUCUUGUUCCGUCCACUAUCAGCAAUUUCACAACAGACAAUAACUCUGUAGUUUUGGGCUUAUCUGAGUUCGAGAUGCAGAGGAUUGGAGUUGCUGCAGCAGUGUCAUUAUUAGGAGGGCUCAUUCAAGUAGCAAUGUUUGUGCUGCACUUGGGUAGUGCCACCUUCUUGCUCACAGAGCCAGUGAUAAGCGCAAUGACAACGGGAGCAGCUACACAUGUCGUGACUUCACAAGUGAAGUACCUUUUGGGAAUGAAAAUGCCAUAUAUCUCAGGACCCUUGGGAUUCUUUUAUAUUUAUGCCUACAUCUUCGAAAACAUCAAAACUAUUCAGCUGGAAGCUCUGCUGCUGUCAGUGCUGAGCAUUGUAAUCCUUGUUCUUGUGAAAGAGCUGAAUGAGAAGUUUAAAAGAAAAAUUAAAAUGGUUCUUCCCAUUGAUUUGGUUUUGAUCAUUGCUACCUCUGUUGCUUGCUAUUCUGCUGAUAUGGAACACAGCUAUGGCUUGGACAUUGUGGGACAUAUUCCAGAAGGCAUACCGCCACCACAACUUCCACCUAUGAACAUCCUUUCUGAAGUAGUUACAGAAGCAUUUGGAGUGGCACUAGUUGGCUACGUUGCAUCGCUAGCACUUGCCCGUUCUUCAGCAAAAAAGUUCAACUACUCUGUGGAUGAUAACCAGGAGUUCUUGGCUCAUGGCCUCAGCAAUGUGAUCCCUUCAUUUUUCUUUUGUAUUCCGAGUGCAGCAGCCAUGGGACGUACUGCACUUCUCUACAGCACCGGAGCAAAAACCCAGGUGGCUUGUCUAAUAUCUUGCAUACUGGUGCUUGUGGUCAUCUAUGCAAUAGGACCAAUGUUAUAUUGGUUGCCCAUGUGUGUUCUAGCAAGUAUCAUUGUGGUGGGGCUGAAGGGGAUGUUGAUUCAGUUCCGUGACCUAAAAAAAUAUUGGAAUGUGGAUAAAAUAGACUGGAGUAUAUGGGUUAGUACCUAUGUGUUCACAAUUUGCUUUGCUGCUAAUGUUGGAUUGUUGUACGGUGUAGUCUGCACUAUACUCAUAAUGGUUUUCCGUUUUCCAAGAGCAAGAACACUGAGCUUGAAACAGAUGAAAGAAGCAGAAUGCAGAUUCAAAACAGAAUCAGAUAGUGAGUCCUUACAACAGGUGAAAAUAAUUUCUAUAAACAAUCCACUAGUUUUUCUGAAUGCUAAGAAAUUUCACAUGGACAUAUCAAGAAUAAUCCAGAAGGAGAGCACGUGGAUACAGCAGCUACCUGAAGAUAUGAACAAGUGUGAACAGAACACAUUGCUCACUCCAGUAUCCAAUGGAAAUUGCCAUGGAGAGUCUUCAUUACAGCAGUGUACCAGUGCAAAACAGACUUUAAUAUUUGACUGCAGUGGCCUGACGUUCUUUGACUACACUGGAAUCUCAGUAUUGACUCAGAUCUACACAGAUUCCAAAAAAAGAAAUAUUGAUGUUUUGUUGGCAAAUUGCAAAGCUUCUUUGGUAAAGGCACUGACACUCAGUGGAAGGCUAGAAUCAGACAAUGUUAUCUUCUUUGAAUCAGUUUCUUCAGCCAUUGGUGCUAUUCAGUUCAACAGGAAUUUCUGCAAGCCUAAUGAACACACUGAAGUCUGAUGCCAGCUAGAGAGCCCCCCCUCUCUCUCUGCUGAACUGCUCACCUGCAAAAGGAACGAUACCAAAGUAUUUCUUCAGAUGUUUAAAUGUGGAAUUUUGUUGGUGAUAAUUUAUAUUCCAAGUGUACACCAACAGCAAGAGUGUUUAUUUUUAUUGCUCCUGAAUCUUCUCUGAGUUCCCAUCAAUGACAGUUUUUUUUAAGAAAAACAAAAAACAAAAAACUUGGACUGUUUUUUGAUGGUUUCACAUUUUUGUAUGCUUUUAGAUUUUAAAAAGAAAAAAAAUAGAAAGCAAUUUAGGAUAUUACCAUAAUUAUAUUGUUUUAGCUCUGGCCUAUUGUAACUUAAUUGUAUAAUUUUGUGCACUAGAGAAUACAAUGCUUUUGAAUUUUGUAGUGGAACUGAUGGUAUCUGAUCCAAGAUCUGUGCCUUGUUAUAUACAAACAUAAACUGUGAGAUAAGGUUAAUUUCUCCCCUGAAGUACCCAGCACAUGCAUUAGAGCAAUCAAUCCAUGACACUUUUACAUUCAGUAAAAGCCACUGAAGCCAGUGGGGUUUUGUGGGGGUGCCUAUGUUGCCUGUGUAUCGCACUGUCUUACACAUUUUUGUCAUGAAUUUAGAGAGUUGUCACUGCCAAAAUAACCAAGGCCAUAUACUGUCUCCUCUGCUGGAAAUCUUGAAAAGGUUACUUUUUGGACUGCAGCUUUCAAACUCUAGGGAUCCAGGGACUUGUAGUCCAAGGGAACAUCUCUUCUUAGCUCUGCUCUGUUGUUGAAAAUCAAUAGUGUUUAUUUCAACAGUUUUCAUAUCAUAUCCUUGCCAUAUUCUGAGUGAUAUAUAAAUUGAUAUAGCUCUGUCAAGUUCAACAUAAUGGUGCUAAUGUAUUGUUGUUGUCAUGCUACCAAGGCUUAUUUUGGAACACCUUUUGGAAACAGCUGAAUUCACAGAGGAAUGCAGUUGCAUAUGGAACGUUGCACAUUGUAGUAUUCAGCAGCUGAUCUUAGUGUUCAUAUAUAUUUGUACAUUCAGGUGGCCAAUGUUCAGAUGGUUAACCACAAUCUUUGGAUCAUACAUUCUGACUUCCAUUCUCUUUCUUCCAGUGUUGUUAUAAGCAGGAGAUGGGAAGCAAGCAAUGAUUAUUUAAGAUAUGCUUUUCUCAACAAGCCCAAAUUGAUUUGCCGUUUCUGAUCCUGGCUUCUUUAGCUAAUAUAUUGUUAAAACUAACUCUAGUUCCUGGUUGAGAUGAAACAACAAACUAUGGUUAGUUAAAAAAAAAAUCCUUCAAUCUUCUUCUAAUGGUCAGAUUUCAUCCACAUGUACCCAAAUAUUUUCUUGAGAUAGUGAGUUGAGAUAUAGUUCUAUAGUGUUUUAUGCAACCUUUUGGUGAAAAAUAACUUUCCUUACAAAAAUGUUUGUUUAUUUUUGUUUAAAUUGUUUUCAGCAUUUCAGCUUAAUCUUCUUUGACAAUUCCUGACUGAGUGGGAUCAACUAUAUGACUCACCAGAGAAAGAAGAAGAAACAAUAACAGUGGGAUAAAUUAUACUGAAAAUGUUGUAGACACUUAGCAACAUUAAUAUCUUGGAACUGUUUUAUCUCAAAAAUAGGUUGAAUUUAAAAACCAGACAAGAAGAAUGUGUGUUCCUUAAAUUGGAAAUUCAGUUUGGGUUGUUAGCAACAUUUUCCUUAAAAAUACAUUAGGCUCGCAGGCUUGAUAAGAAAAUAUGAGCCACAAAAAACCUUGUUUCCAGCUUCCACAUACUUUCUUCCCAACUGCUUCUCUUACCUUUGGUUUACCUUCACUUUAUGAGUAACCAACUUGCUUCUUACUAGUUAUUUUUUGGCAAUGAGGGGGACAAUGAAACAAGAUUUCAAAAGUCAUGUAAUAAAUAAGAUCAGUGUUAUAUUAAUGAGUAAUAAUUUUGGUUACUUUCAGAAGUUUCAUUUCAUGGGAAAUUUUCAAAUGUAUUCCAUUUCCUUAUCAGUCCCAAAGGAUUUUUAACUCCUCAAAAAGUAAUAGAAAGCAAUGGAAAAAAUAAUGACUAAUGCAACAAGUAACACAAGAAGUUACUUGUUUUUAUAACUGCAAUACGUAUGGUGGGUUUUUUUUUCUUUUUAAGAAAAACACUGCAACACAUAAUGGAAUGAAUUACUUUUUUAAAAAGUAACUUUCCAAGCUCUGUUUUAUUUUUUGCUGACAGUAAACCCAAGAGAAAUGGUGUUCCCUUCACCUUCUUUUAUAUGCAUAGCAAAAGAGUCUUUGGGAAUGUGCUCUUCCCAGCAUGAUGUCAUGGCAGCAAUAAAGUCAGAUGUGUGGAAGAGAGAAGGAAAGAGAAGGUAUUAUGGGAAGAAAGUAGGAGGAAGGGGAAAGUCUUUGGAAACUCACUGAAAGAGAUGGGGAGAUAGCACACCCUGUCACAUCUUCUGUGACAUGAUAAUGUCCAAGUUGAGCUGAAUCAAUACAGCUCUCUUUCAGGUUCUUGAUACUAUUUUCCUCCUUGCCCCUAAGCCCACUUCUGGGUUUGAUUUGGGAAAUGAUUCUCAUCAUUAAUUUUCAGUAACCUGUGAUGCAUGUGGGAUGCAUCUAAUGAUGGAUUCAUAUUCAGACCCAAGUCAAAUCAGGCUGCCUGCAAAUUGGACUGCAAAGAGUGUCAAAUUGCUAAAUUAAACUCUAGACCAAAUCUUGUGGGUCUGCAUAUACCCUUGAUAAUGAAAUUCAAAUUCUGCAAUGUUGUACAGACUUAAUUGUAAACAAGAGCCCCUGAAUAAAAUGGUGCUUACCACUGAGUAAACAUGCAUACAGUUGCGGUGAAAUGAAUGCAAAAUUACAAUUUUUGCUUGUUGCAUAUUUAAUGUUCAACAUAGCACUGGUACAGCAUGUCUGGAGCAGAAAUGUUUUGACAUCAGCUUAACUUUUAGUUUAAGUUCCUCUCAUUAAUACUAUACCAUAUAGCAAAACUGUAAAGCCAUAUUUUUUGGGAGGGAAUGAGGCUGUGCAGGUUAUUGCAAUUUAUUACAAUUGCAAAGGUUAUUUCUUGCUAUUUAUUUGAAACAAUAUUUUGAUACCAUUUUUCCUGUAAUCACCAACAAAAAAUGAAAUUGCUGCUGUUUCAUAUGGCUCUUCAUUUCUUAUGUUUUACAUAUUCACAGUCUGAGCGGAGUGUUUCCUGCCAGAAUAAAUAGCAACAAAGGCU